AUGGAGUCAAAGAAGUACGUCUACUACUUUGGUGGCCGUAAAGCCGAUGGCAACCGCGAUAUGAAGGAGCUGCUCGGCGGAAAGGGCGCAAACCUUGCAGAGAUGGUGAACCUUGGCAUCCCUGUGCCGCCCGGCUUUACGAUCACAACGGAGGUGUGCGGUAUCUACCAGGCCACGAAGGGCAUACCACAGGAGGUGGUGGAGCAGGUGAAGGCAAACGUUCAGCGCGUGGAGCAGGAGAUGGGCACGAAGUUCGGUGAUGUGGAGAACCCUCUCCUCUUCUCUGUGCGUUCUGGCGCUGCGGCGUCGAUGCCCGGCAUGAUGGACACUGUGCUGAACCUCGGUAUGAACAAGGCCACAGCGGAGGCGUGGAUUCGCCGUGCACCCCACCUUGAGCGUUUUGUGUACGAUUCGUACCGCCGCUUCAUCACCAUGUACGCUGACAUCGUGAUGCAGGUCGGCCGCGAGGACUUCGAGGAGGCCAUCGGCCACAUGAAGGAGAAGCGCGGGACGAAGUUUGACACGGACCUGACGGCGAAGGAUCUGAAGCAGCUGACGGAAGAGUACUUGGUGCUGUUCCAGCGCAAGACAGGUUUCCCAUUCCCGCAAGACCCCAUGACGCAGCUUUUCGCCGCCAUCAACGCUGUCUUCCGCAGCUGGGGCAAUCCCCGUGCCGUGAUGUACCGCCGCCUCAACAAUAUUACUGGCCUGCUUGGCACUGCCGUGAACGUGCAGGCAAUGGUGUUCGGCAACAUCAACGACCGCUCGGCCACCGGUGUCGCCUUCUCGCGCAGCCCCAGCACCGGCGAAAACUUCUUCUUCGGUGAGUACCUUGUGAACGCGCAGGGUGAGGACGUGGUUGCUGGCAUCCGCACGCCACAGCAGAUCGGCCGUGAAUUGUCGCUGCGCUGGGCGAAGAACCAUGGCGUGAACGAGGAGGAGCGCCGCCACCGCUACCCAUCGAUGGAGGAGGCGAUGCCGGAGAACUACCGCCUGCUGUGUGACAUCCGCGAGAAACUUGAGCACCACUACCGUGACAUGCAGGACAUCGAGUUCACUGUGCAGGAUGGCCGUUUGUGGAUGCUGCAGUGCCGCAACGGUAAGCGCACGAUUCAUGCUGCCGUGCGCAUCGCAAUCGAUAUGGUGCGUGAGGGCCUCAUCACGAAGGAGGAUGCUGUGCUGCGCAUCGACCCUGCGCAGGUGGACCACCUGAUGCACCCUAACAUCGAGUCCAGCGCUGCGAAGAAGACCAAGCCGAUCGGCAAGGGUCUUGCGGCGAGCCCUGGUGCUGCAGUGGGCCAGAUUGUGUUCGAUGCGGAGUCUGCGAAGGAGUGGAGCGGACGCGGUAAGAAGGUCAUCAUGGUUCGCCUUGAGACGUCGCCGGAGGACUUGGCUGGCAUGGACGCGGCGUGCGGCAUCCUGACGGCCCGCGGCGGUAUGACGUCGCACGCGGCUGUUGUGGCGCGCGGUAUGGGCAAGUGCUGUGUCUCUGGAUGCGGCGACCUGCAGAUCAAGGGCAAGCAGUUCACGCUGCACGGCCGCGUGUUCCGCGAGGGCGACUACAUCACGAUCGACGGUUCAAAGGGACUCAUCUACGCGGGCCAACUGAAGCUGCAGUCGCCGAGCCUGAAGGGCAAUUUCGAGACAAUCCUUGGGUGGUGCCGCGCGGUGAAGCGCCUGGGUGUGCGCGCCAACGCAGACACACCGAACGACACGGCCAAGGCCCGUGGCUUCGGCGCGGAGGGUGUUGGUCUGUGCCGCACGGAGCACAUGUUCUUCGAGGGAACCCGCAUCGAUGCGAUCCGUGAGAUGAUCCUUGCCGAAACGCUGGAGGGCCGCAAGACCGCGUUGCAGAAGCUGCUGCCCUUGCAGCGCGGUGACUUCAUUGGCAUUUUCCGUGCGAUGAAGGGUCUGCCGGUGACGAUCCGCCUGCUGGACCCCCCGCUGCACGAGUUCGUGCCGCAUGAGGAGUCUGCGCAGGCUGAGCUCGCUCAGAAGCUGGGCGUGCCCGUGGAGAAGAUCCGCAACCGCGUGAAGUCGCUGCACGAGAUGAACCCCAUGCUUGGGCACCGCGGCUGCCGCUUGGGUAUCACGUACCCCGAAAUCUACAAUAUGCAGGUGCAGGCCAUCAUGGAAGCCGCAGUCGCGGUGAGUGGCGAGGGCUGCGAGGUUGUGCCGGAGAUUAUGAUUCCGCUGGUGGGCAAGAAGGAGGAGCUGGCCUUUACGAAGCAGCAGGCAGUGAAGACGGCCGAGGCCACCAUUGAGGCGGCGGGCCGGCGUGUGCACUACACUGUCGGUACCAUGAUUGAGGUGCCGCGUGCUGCCAUCACGGCUGACCAAAUCGCGCAGGAAGCAGAUUUCUUCUCGUUCGGCACAAACGACCUGACGCAAAUGGGCUGCGGCUUCUCUCGCGACGACGCUGCUUCGUUCCUGCGCCACUAUGGCAACCUGGGCAUCUACACCCAGGACCCCUUCCAGUCGCUUGACCAGGAGGGCGUUGGUGAGCUUGUGCGCAUUGCCGUGAAGAAGGGCCGCAGCGUGAAGCCGAUGCUCAAGCUGGGCAUCUGCGGUGAGCACGGUGGCGACCCCGCCACAAUUGAGUUCUGCCACCGUGUGGGCCUGAACUACGUGUCGUGCUCACCAUUCCGUGUGCCCGUCGCCACUGUCGCUGCCGCCCACGCCGCACUCAAGGAGAAGAAGCGCAUGGAGGCGCAGUACAAGGCGAUCGCCGCCAAGCUAUAA